CUAGUUGCAUAGGACAGUGAAUCAAAAUAUAACCUGAACCGUAAGAAUUGCGUUUAGGUAUUUACGAGUCGAAUUUCUUUCUCAAAAUGUCGCUUAAAAGAAGAUUAACGCAAGAUGAUUUGCGUAAAGCCAUGAGUGAGCACAAAAAGAAAUUGGGUGCCGUCAAGAAAAUCGAAUCACCAUUAGCAAAAUAUACAGAUAUAGGGCAGCUUAUGUGCGUUCUCUGCAAAGUUACUGUUCGUAGCGAAACAGUUUGGCCUGUUCACUUGAAUUCAAAGGCUCACAAGGAAAAUAUAGCAUUAGCAAAGAAGACCAAAUUAGAAACAGAUGCUCCAAAGACUGCUGUGCACACAUUUAAAAGGCCUUCAUCUCCGUCUCAAGAAUCUUCCCCAAACAAAAAGAUAAAGAGUAUAUUAAAAGUUCCUUCGACGCAAACAACGUCGAGCUUACCAUCAGAUUUCUUUGAUAAUAAUCCUAAACAGUCCAAUGGCACUGUACCGUCAAAUACUUCUGCAAUGAUAGAAAGGCCAGAGAACAGCAAAGAACUUGUAAAUGAUAAAGAAGCAAAGAAUGUGGAAAUAGAAGAAGAAAGGGAAAAAGACAAAAACAAAGAUACAAAUCAACCAGUUCUUCCAGAAGGCUUUUUUGAUGAUCCAGUUUUGGAUGCUAAGGUUCGUAAUGUUGAGUAUAAAAAUCCCAUAGAAGAAGAAUGGGAAAAGUUUCAAAAAGAAAUUAAGGAGGAAACUGCACAAUCCGCGCAAAUAAUUGCUGAUGAUCAAGAAGAAGCAACAACAGAGAGACAAUUAGGUGAAAUAGAAGAACAAUUACGACACUGGUCUAGAGUAAUGGAUCUUGUAAAACGUAAAGAACAAGUACAAGCUACAGAUAGGAAACAGAAGAACACAGAUGAGGAUGUUUCCAGCGGUGACGAAGCCGAGUUUGAGGAAUUUCUCGAUUGGAGAGCCAAAAAUUCUUAUAAAUGAAAUUAAAUCUAAUUAUGUACAGUAUUUACUGUGUUGUAAAUAUUUAAAA